GGGCGGUGCCUCGGCUCCGACGAAGCGCUGACGCUGUCCCCACUCUCCUAGCGGCUUGGGUUGGGUGCGGCGGCGGGAGGUCCGGGCCGGCGUGAUGGCGCGGAAGAAAGUGCGGCCGCGGCUGAUCGCGGAGCUGGCCCGCAAAGUGCGCGCCUACCGGGAGCUGAAGGCGCGGCCGCGGGACUCGGAGCGCUUCGCCCUGGACUACGAGACGAUGACGCGGCCGCGCAGCGGCCGCCGCCUCCCCCUGAAAGCCUGGGCCGACGUGCGGCACGAGAGCCGCCUCCUGCAGCUGCUCAGCCGCCUGCCGCUCUUCGGCCUGGGCCGCCUUGUCACUCGCAAGUCCUGGCUGUGGCAGCACGACGAACCCUGCUACUGGCGCCUCACCCGGGUCCGCGCCGACUACACGGCGCAGAAUUUGGAUCAUGGAAAGGCCUGGGGGAUCCUGACCUUCCGAGGUGAAACGGAAAGCCAAGAAAAGGAGAUUGACCAGGUCAUGUACCACGAUUGGAGGCUGGUGCCCAAACAUGAGGAAGAAGCCUUUAAGAACUUCACCCCUAAGUCAGAGGAAACUGUUCGAUAUGUGCCUUACCCUCCUUUGCUCCGGGCAAUGAUCUUUGCAGAACGAGAGAAGCAGGGCAACCUCAGUACUGAGGAGCCCAUGAUAGAUUUGGAGAAAAGAUUCUCUUUUCGAAAGCCGAAUGCCAAUAACCAAGCAGAAGGCACUCCAGUAUAAAGGCCUUGAGCUGUUUUGUCAUGUGCAGUGUGAACUUACCUGCGGAACAUUCUCUUUAAUGAAGAAGAAUUUCUAGAAUGUAUGUCCUACAAAACCAGUUUUAUACUAUAUUUCUGGUGAUGCACUGACUGAUCUGAGCCGCGGAAGUACUGUCGAAAUUUAGCGUUUUGUAAGGCCCACGCUCUUUCACCAUACCUCAUUGUACCACCACUGAGCAUUCAGGUCAUUUGGGCCUCUUACUCCUUUAGAAAGGGUCAGAGGUGUCUUUGGGAGAGAUCACAGAGGUAGAGGUGCCUCAAGUGCUCCGUAGCACAUUGUGUUUGUACUUCAAAGUCAGUGGACGUUCUUUGAGCUCUUCAAGGAGUCCAGGUAGAGGCAUGAAGCCAGUAGAACCACCCUAGGGCUUCCUUUACUCUGUUUCGUUUUACCUUUCACUGGGAGCCAGAACCAGGUUCUGUACGAGUACAAAUAAAGGAAGGCAAACUCUC